CAGUAGUAGCAGCGGUGAAGUAUCUAAUUAGCUAACUCCUAUUAGCGGCUCUUACGUAAUCGAGGGCGCGCCCUUUCCCUGGCGCCUGGGAUGAGCUCAGUCUCGAUCGACGACCACAGCGUGCUUAGAACCAGCCUACACGACGAUCUCCAACAUGCCCCUAGCGAGCACCAGCGGCACGAACGACGUCUGGGAACAGUCUCAGCCAGAUACAUCCUCUGCCGCGCACCGCGUGAAAGCUAGAGCUCCUGCCGCGGUCGUUCGCGACUCUUGGGAUGACGACGACGAUGACGGGGUGGAGGAAGAGGAGAACUCUCAGGCGCUAUGGGAGAACGCUAACCGAAAGGCACCUAUGCCCGAGCUAGUCGUCUCCGGGUCGGGCAAUAGUACAGUUCUGCCACCACCCCCUGCAGCGUUCCAGCCCACACUGAAGAUUCUCAAACGACCGACUGGCGCAUCCUCGUCUGCUGCGGCGUCACCACCGUCUGUCGACCUGCAGAAGUCGUUCGCGGAAAGGGAGGCGCAGUAUCAGGCUGCGCGGCAGCGUAUAUUCAACGACGGCCCGCGACAGAGUGGACGAAAUGGUCUGUCCACCGAAGUGGGGCGGGAUACCAAUGCGAUGUCGCAGUCUCCACCGGCCGCGGACGUGAGCGUGAAGGUACUUCGGGCCCCUCGAGGGCCGUCGACGGAUCCUGCCGCCUCGUCGACCAACUCCAAGCCGUCACGAGGAUUCGCGGGGAAGCGGGGAGGGCGCGGUGCACCACGCGGGUAAUAUGCCCUUUCCUACGCGUUACAGGGGAGCAAGGCCGGUCAGAGGGCUGCUCAUCAUGGAUAUGUCGUCGUUGUGGCGGUUGCUGUGUAGGUAGGGAACAUGUGCUGCUGUUCGGAUCAUUGUUGUGUCUCGUAGCUUUUCCAUUUUUGCUCUGGUCAUGAAUCCUAUCUUGCAGAUCAAGCAUGCUGGAAUCAUCAGAGCUGUGCGCUCGUCGGCGCCGUCUUGGUGAUGGCAGUACAUGUCGCAUUAUAAUACGCACCAUAGCAUAGAAGAGUUGAAACACCGCCACAAUGCUA